CAAAAACUACUUCCGUCGAUAUCAACCAAUCAGAUCAUAGAUGUGGCUCCCUGUCUUGAUUAUGAACGAGUUGAGUGAGAUUGUUGUAGAAGAAGAGAAGUAAACAUUGUAUUUUGUCGAACUCUAUAAUUAUUCAUCUAUAAAGAUGGUUUCAACGGAGGCAAUCGCUGCAAUGAAGGUGAUGGCAGCAGAUUCAAAGAAAAGAGCUGCACUUGUCAAGGAUCCAACAUGUGUAGGUGGACUAGUUAUUGUCUUGUCAAAUCCUGAACCUGCAACAGUGCAAGCUUCUUUAGAGACUCUAAAUCUCUUGUGUGAGUGUCCAGAAGCCCCAGCGAUCCUGAGGAAGCACAUGGGAAUGAUGGAUCAGUUGGACGCUCUCAUGUCAAACAGUGACAGCAAGAAUCUUGUCAUCAAGCGCCUAGCAGAGACUUUAUACAAAAGGCUGUGUGUGCCCAGUGAAACAACACAAGCUCCGCUCAGAGACUCCAGCAAUACGUCGCGGAGAAGCACAAGUUCAAGAAAUACAAGUUUGUCAGGACCAGCGAAAGCAAAGUCGAUUGUUUUGCAGCUGCGAGGCCUUCAUGACAAGAGUGACAGAGACUUGUGUGCCAGGUUGCUGUUGAAGGUGCGGGGUGUGAUCAGCAUCACGUUUGACUUGACCAGGAAGAGAUGUAUUCUGAGGACAAAGCUCGACGUCAAACCUGAGACUCUGGCAGCCUCUGUGGCAAGAUCAAUGACUAUGACAGCUCUGCAGGUGGUCAAGAAGGAGAAUGGUGAUGAGUCCUACGUGAAUUUCAACACCUGUGACCCCAUGGCUAUGGCCCCGCCCUCCCAAGAGAAAGAGAAUGCCGACAUGCCGGAUUACUUGUCGGACGACUCGGACACGACCUUUGUGGAGGAAAAAGCCGUGAAGAAGCCCACGAAGGAAGACGAAAAAAGGGCAGCGGGUUGGUUCUCUGUGGCCGCCAAUUUCUUGACAAAUUCGUUCUAUUGGUAGCUCUCUUGUGUUAUAUUAUUAUUUUUUUUUUCCCCCUUUUUAUUUCUUGUGAAUAAUUGAUGAUAUCUUGCUGUUUAUGUGUGGGUGGUUGGCGGGUGCUCUGAUGUGGUUUUCUCCUUCUUUCCUAUCAAACAUCUAUUGUCC